CACCACUGGGUUUCUGCUUCAGGUUAGACUGGUUUUCACAUCACUCUGUUAUUUGUUCAGACUUGCUCUGAAGUUAUAAGGAAGUGUCGGAGUCCUCAGAUUAAAUGUUCACAAAUACCAGGACAGAAGAGGGAGAAUGAGCAGCUUCUUCUCUACACAUGAAAGUGAAAGAUGUCUGUAAGUCGACCUGAAAUGAGUUCAGCAGGUGGGGGCUCUGCUAUGUAUCAGUGUGAAGACAGAGAGAAGGGAGCCUUUCCCUCUAAAACCUCUCUGUGUGGGGAACAUGAGAGCCAGACCAAAGCUCAGAGGAAGCAGCAGCAGAGACCAGACCCUGCUGAACAUGAACAUGAACCUGAACCUGAACUUGAACCCACCUGUGGGUCUAUGAAGAGUGACUGGUCCAUGGAUCGUUGUGUUGAGUUUACAGCUGGACAACCUGCUGAUGGAAGGAAGCAGCAGCAGAGACCAGAUCCUCCUGAACCCAGUGGUGUGUCCAUGAAGAGUGACGGGUCCAUGGGUCGUCCUAUUAAGUUUAAAGCUGGACAACCUGCUGACGGAAGGAAGCAGCAGCAGAGACCAAACCCAGACCCACCUGAACCCAGCUGUGUGUCUAUGAAGAGUGAUGGAUCCAUGGGUCGUCCUAUUAAGUUUAAAGCUGGACAACCUGCUGAUGGAAGGAAGCAGCAGCAGAGACCAGAUCCUCUUGGACCCAGUGGCGUGUCCAUGAAGAGUGAUGGGUCCAUGGGUCGCCCUAUUAAGUUUAAAGCUGGACAACCUGCUGAUGGAAGAGUUCAGCACAAGAGUUCAGGGGUUCACAGUGAUCAGUCUGCCCAGCAGCAUCAACCAGACCUGGACUCCAUAUUUAUGCUGCUUGAGGAGAACAUCAUCACUUUUGUGAAGAGCGAGCUGAAGAGAAUUCAGAAGGUCCUGAGAUCAGAUUACCCUGAAAGUUUAGAGAGUCAGAGAGAGGAUGAAGAGCAGAGGCGGAGCAGCAGAGAGGCAUUUCUGAAGAUCACAGUGAACUUCCUGAGGAGAAUGAAGCAGGAGGAGCUGGCUGACUGUCUGCAGAGCAGAACUCAUGUUGCAGUGUGUCGACGUAAAUUCAAAUCUAAGCUGAAGAAGAACUUCCAGUGUGUGUUUGAGGGGAUCACCAAAGCAGGAAACCCAACACUUCUAAAUCAGAUCUACACAGAACUCUACAUCACAGAGGGAGGGACUGAAGAGGUCAAUCAUGAACAUGAGGUCAGACAGAUUGAAACAGCAUCCAGGAAACCAGACAAAACAGAAACUACAAUCAGACAAGAAGACAUCUUUAAAGCAUCACCUGGAAGAGAUGAACCAAUCAGAACAGUGAUGACAAAAGGAGUCGCUGGCAUCGGGAAAACAGUUUUAACACAGAAGUUCACUCUGGACUGGGCUGAAGACAAAGCCAACCAGGACAUAGAGUUCACAUUUCCAUUCACUUUCAGAGAGCUGAAUGUGCUGAAAGAGAAAAAGUUCAGCUUGGUGGAACUUGUUCAUCACUUCUUUACUGAAACCAAAGAAGCAGGAAUCUGCAGCUUUGAAGAGUUCCAGGUUGUGUUCAUCUUUGACGGUCUGGAUGAGUGUCGACUUCCUCUGGAUUUCAACAACACUGAGAUCCUAACUGAUGUUUCUGAGUCCACCUCAGUGGAUGUGCUGCUGACAAACCUCAUCAGGGGGAAACUGCUUCCCUCUGCUCGCCUCUGGAUAACCACACGACCUGCCGCAGCCAAUCAGAUCCCUCCUGAGUGUGUCGACAUGGUGACAGAGGUCAGAGGGUUCAAUGACCCACAGAAGAAGGAGUACUUCAAGAAAAGGUUCAGAGAUGGGGACCAGGCCAGCAGGAUCUUCUCCCACAUCAAGACAUCACGAAGCCUGCACAUCAUGUGCCACAUCCCAGUCUUCUGCUGGAUCAUUGCUACAGUUCUGGAGGAUGUGUUGAAAACCAGAGAGGGAGGAGAGCUGCCCAAGACCCUGACUGAGAUGUACAUCUACUUCCUGGUGGUUCAGUCCAAACUGAAGAACGUCAAGUAUGACGGGGGAGCUGAGACAGAUUCACACUGGAGUAAAAAGACUAGGAAAAUGGUUGAGUCUCUGGGAAAACUGGCUUUUGAGCAGCUGCAGAAAGGAAACCUGAUCUUCUAUGAAUCAGACCUGACAGAGUGUGGCAUCGAUAUCAGAGCAGCCUCAGUGUACUCAGGAGUGUUUACACAGAUCUUCAAAGAGGAGAGAGGACUGUACCAGGACAAGGUGUUCUGCUUCGUCCAUCUAAGUGUUCAGGAGUUCCUGGCUGCUCUUUAUGUUCAUCUGACCUUCAUCAACUCUGGAGUAAAUCUGCUGUCAGAAGAACAAUCAACAUCUCAGUUGUCUAAAGUGUUAGAAGGCAAACCAACACAUUUCUACCAGAGUGCUGUGGACAAGGCCUUACAGAGUCCAAAUGGACACCUGAACUUGUUUCUCCGCUUCCUCCUUGGCCUUUCACUGGGGACAAAUCAGACUCUCCUAAGCGGCCUGCUGAGACAGACAGGAAGUGACUCAAAGACUGAUCAGGAAACAGUCCGGUACAUCAAGAAAAAGAUUGAGGAGAAUCUGUCUGCAGAGAAAAGCAUCAAUCUGUUCCACUGUCUGAAUGAACUGAAUGAUCAUUCUCUAGUGGAGGAGAUCCAACAGUCCCUGAGAUCAGGACGUCUCUGCACAGAUAAAUUAUCUCCUGCUCAAUGGUCAGCUCUGGUCUUCAUCUUACUGUCAUCAGAGAAAGAUCUGGACGUGUUUGACCUGAGGAAAUACUCUGCUUCGGAGGAGGCUCUUCUGAGGCUGCUGCCAGUGAUCAAAGCCUCCAACAAAGCUCUACUGAGUGUGUGUAACCUCUCAGAGAGAAGCUGUGAAGCUCUGUCCUCAGUUCUCAGCUCCCAGUCCUCUAGUCUGAGAGAUUUGGAUCUGAGUAACAACGACCUGCAGGAUUCAGGAGUGACGUUGCUGUCUGCUGGACUGAAGAGUCCACACUGUACACUGGAGACUCUCAGUCUGUCAGGCUGUCUGGUCACAGAGAAAGGCUGUGUUUCUCUGGCGUCAGCUCUGAGCUCAAACCCCUCCCAUUUGAGAGAGCUGGACCUGAGCUUUAAUCAUCCAGGAGACUCAGGAGUGAAGCUGCUGUCUGCUGGACUGAAGGAUCCACACUGGAAACUGGACUCUCUCAGGAUGGAUCAUGGUGGACCACAGAGAUUGAGACCUGGUCUGACAAAGUAUGCCUGUAAACUGGAACUGGACGCAAACACAGUGAACAGAAACCUUAUACUUUCUGAUAACAACAGAGAGGUGACACAUGUGACAGAUUAUCAGUCAUAUCCUGAUCAUCCAGACAGAUUUGACCUCUGUCCUCAGCUGCUGUGUAGAACUGGUCUGACUGGUCGCUGUUACUGGGAGGUUGAGUGGAGAGGAAGAGUUGAUAUAUCAGUGAGCUACAGAGGAAUCAGAAGGAAAGGAGGCAGUGAUGACUGUUUGUUUGGAAUGAAUGAUCAGUCUUGGAGUCUGUUCUGCUCUGAUGGUCAUGGUUACACUGUCAGUCACAAUAACAGAAAAACAUCCAACGCCUCCUCCUCCUCCUCCUCCAUCAUCUCUAACAAAGUGGCAGUGUAUGUGGACUAUCCUGCUGGCUCUCUGUCCUUCUACAGAGUCUCAUCCAACAAACUGUUCCACCUCCACACCUUCAACACCACAUUCACUGAACCUCUUUAUCCUGGGUUCUAUAUCUGGCCAGGUUCUUCAGUGUCUGUGAGUCGUCUGUAGGUC